CUUCGCUCUCUCCUUGGUUUCUCUUUCACCAUUCUCUUCUUCGUCUUGGAAUCUCUACGGCUACGGUUUCCUUCUGCCCAUCCUGUCUGUCCGUGCGCCCCCCAUUCCACCAUCACCUUCCGCCCAUCUUCCCUUCUCGACUGAUCCAGACUGUCUCCCUGGUUCAGUCGCCUCCGUUGUGCCACUUACCCCGCGAAACUCUUUUAUGCAAUCAGAGCCUUCCACAGUCUUCAACCGCUCGCCUCCGGUUAAACCCUUCUCGGAAGAACUUCUCGAUUCCACCCAGCAUGGACAUGAUUCACAUGGUGAGCAACGAGUCUCUGGGUUUCGCGAUGGCGAACCCCGAGACCACUCACUCAGCCGUGACUCAUCCGGCGCGCUGCCGCCCUUGAACGGACAUAGCGCCACUUCACCACCGCUCGAACCGUCAUCUAUCGAUCCUGUCACCCAGUACGAGAUUGCUGCUGCCGCGCAAUCCUCAAGGAGCCCGGCCGAUCGGGGUCUUAAGGUAGUUCCCUCAGUAUCUACGUACUCGGGCGUGUCGUUGGACUCUUUCCCGAACGAGGUUCUCACGCACAUCCUGUCGCAUCUGCCUCCUCCGUCGUUGUCGUCGAUUGCGCUGGUAUCUCGUCGGUUUCACAACCUGGUCACCACUCCCCACGCGUGGCGAAUCGCAUUUUCCCGGUACUUCCCGGGUCCAUACACCGCGGAAGAUGGCGCAUGGUUGUCCGUUGGUGAAAACUCGGACCGUGUGACCUCUGACAAGCGUUAUUUCUCCCGAUUGACGGCUUUGGCGUCGUGGCGGAGCGAAUACAUCCUCCGCACUCGCUUGCUGAGGUCGCUCUCCAGGGGUAAGCCGGGUCAAUUUGAGCCUUCGAAGAGAUCCGGUACCAUCCGCUCUGCGAAUGUUCGCAACGGUAGCGCGGUGGUCACCUAUACGUCUCAACUUCUGUACCCUGUCAGCCAUCUGCACGGCUCGUUUGGGUCGGAGGUUACGAAGAAGGAACCUCUCUUCAUCCAUGGAGCUUCGGAACAAGGCAUAGCGUGCGCCAGCGACCCUUCUGCGGUCAAGGUCGGCACAUGGGGUCUUUCCGAUCACCAGAUGUUUCGGCACUUCGCUGAUCUAUUCCCUGGUGAUGCAGAGUAUGGACUUGGAUCCGGAGACCUCGCCGGAAUGCCGAACCGCAUGGAUGUCAGUCAGCCGUAUGGUAUGAUAUACGGCGAGGCUUGUCCACAGGGUCGUACCUAUUUCAUCUCCACUACAGAGCAACGCGGAAGAUUUCUAGGCAUUUCGGACCUCGGUUCUCAGCCUCGUCUGGGCAUUCCCGCAAUCAACCACAUUACUAGCGGUACAACCGCUGUCUGGAUUGCAAAGUCCUCUAAUAUUCUCAAAAUGACUGAUGGCUUGGUUGCAAUGCUUUCUGGUUCUUCCACCGGUAUUCUGUCUGCGUAUGCUCUGGGUCCUCAUCCUACCUAUGAAAAACGGUACGAAAGAGGCCAGGUGACCGCAAAAUGGGCACUAUGUCCUGGCGUUCCCAUCGUUGCGAUCGCUGUCGAUGAGAGUUUUUCUCCGAAACGCUAUGCACGUCGCCGUAUCUGGGCGACUGUUUUGAAUGCAUUAGGCGAGGUGUUCUACUUGUCUGAUCUCCCGCGACAGCCGGAUGUUGCUUCCACGAAAUUGAGUGCUGAAGAAUACGAUGAACUGGCCUGGAAGACUGGCCGAAGUGUCCGGUGGGAGUUGGUAGAGCUGACUAGGCGGACUGCUCGCCCAGAUCCGUUCAGUCGCGAACCUCUCGAUGGAAGCUACAGCCCUAGAUCCUCAUGCGAUGCCAUGAAGCUCGACGAGAAGCAGGUAACUUCUGAGACAAAGGAGAUUGAGCGCUUUCUUUCGUUCAAACCGAAGCAUUUCAGGAAAGUGUGCGAGGGCUGGGACAUGAGACGCGAGCUGACGGUGGAUUUCGCUGGCGAUGAUGGUCGGGGCGCGGGUGAAUCGAUCCUAGUGAUUUCUCGCGGCAUAGGCGAGGAUGAAACAGCGGCGAUCCGCCGUUACACUCGGAAAGUAUCCAAGCUUGUUAUGCCACCUUUGAACCUGGCCUCUCUUGCUGCGGAUGGCGCUCCCGCACCGUCUCUGUUUGGGGGACCUGUGAAGUCACCCAUUAUAUCCGCGUCUGUCGGCACAUCUGGAAGUUCCACUCCCUCUCAACUCUCCAACGGUCUCGGUGAUACUGUGUGUACGGCUGCAAAUACCGAAUGGUACAUCUCAGACUUCAACUUCAGCGACCGAAAGUCGGUUCAGAUCACGACCACUGCCGUGGAUCGGUCGACUUACGCCCUGCUUACAGCCGAUGAGGAUCCGUUGAUUGGGUUGUCUGGUAGUUCGGCUUUCUCGUCCGCUAUGUCAUCUCCAUUGCCGCACCUGAAACAGACUGUGUCGAACAACGAUGUCCCAGGUCAACGCGGACGAUACCUGGCUGUGGGUACCACCACAGGAAUGGUCUUCGUUUGGGACAUUCGCUCCCCGGCCUCGAAGAACUCCGAGAUUGUCAACGAUAUCGGGCCCAUCCGCGUGAUUCAAACUGAGUCACCGCAGGUGUCUAGCGUAGCAUUGACGUCGUUGUAUCUGGUUCACGGAGGGAACGACGGGCUUGUGCAGGCCUGGGAUCCUCUGGCGUCCUCCACCCGGCCGAUUCGCACGAUCAACUCUCGCUUCUCCUCGCGCGCCCGUCGCCGUCUCGUUCAAGCCGAGGCGUCAAUGCAUGGGGUUGGCAACAACUAUUAUGCCACGGGCGCAAUCUGCCUUGACACGGACCCUACUGUCCUGCGUGGCAUGGUGGCUUUGGGAACCCAUCUGCGGUAUUGGUCAUAUAGCUCCUCUGGUGCUGACCAAUACAAGACAAGCAAGCGACGGCUGCGCCGCGGCCCGAGAGGCAGCAAUGUCGCUGCGGACGGUGGCCAGCGCUUCAGCAACAGCGGCCGUGGCGCACUGAAUGAAUACAUUCAGGACGAACGUGUUGAGAUGGAGCGCCAAAGAAUUGCCGACGAAAAGCAACGGGCGCAUCUGAGCCAACGCUUCGGCGUGGAUCUUCUAGGACCCGACAUCAGCGAAGACCAAAUGCUCGCAUAUGCCCAGCUCCUCAGCGAAGAAUCCUUCUCGAGCGAAGCCUUCAAGCGUGGUGAUGUCGCUGUUCCCGCGGAAUUUGCCACCGCCAGCUCCGCAAUGAGCACUUCCAGCGACACGAUCGGAUUCAACGAAAGCUCCUUGGCGCCGGACGAACUCUCCUCCGCCUCAUCUCCGUACGACGACCCCCUGGACAAUGCCAACCUCGACCCGGACAUUGCCGAAGCCAUCCGACUCAGUCUGUUGGACCAGCCCCCCAAGCCGGACUUGGGUCCUCCGGCCUUCGACUCGGGGCCCCAUUCCACGUCCUCGUCUCCGCAGGCAUCAACGUCCCCGGUCCCCGAGAGCAGUCGCCAGCAAGAGAUCGAUGACCUGGAAUUCGCCAUCCAGUUGAGUCUCGCCGAGGCGGAGAGCCAGCAGUCUCAGUCCCGCCCGGACGAAUUUCCAGCGCUUGCGCAGUGGGCGGCGUCGUCCCCACCUCCUUUAUCCGGGCGGGAUAAAGGCAAGGGUCGCGCCUCGUGAUUCACAUGUUCCCGACGAACCUAUAGAUGUAUUGUUCAAUUCGGCCUCUUUGCAACUCGAUCGUCUAAGCUUUUCCGUGCUAUACUUCUCUGCGUGUCUUCGAGCGGUUCCCACUCGCUCAGUGGAAUUCAUUCUCUGAUGUUGUAGUAUCUUUGGUUAUUGUGGUACAUCAAUACUGCUUCGUACAUGUUUGACUCUUUUCUUUUCCCCCGCAGCGUUGAUUCUAGACUCGGUUUCGUCCAAUAGUGUAUGCUGUCGUCUAAAUCUUUAUUGUGACGGUGAACAGGCAUCCGUAUGUCAAUGCUAGAAAAAUCCCACAAUAAAGCGACUAGACCAAAUAUAGCCCAAGUCAGGCUGUCUUUGAUCGAGAUUUGAAACCUGAUUUGCAUAGCAUGAUUCAUGA